GCAUUCGAGGUAAAACAUAAUUUUAUCUAUGUCCCCGUGCCAGUGUCCAUAGUAUUUCCAUGAAUUCUACGAUCACAAUCGAAGACACCGACGAAGAGGUGAUUGAUCUGGACUCAAGCCAAGAUAACAUCGUUGAUACUGACAAUGAUCAAAGUGAAUGUUCGAUUGAGAAAAAUUCGUUAUCGAACAACAAUGCGAGUAAGACGGAUAUAGCUAGUGAAAAUGUAGAAAGUAAUAGCAGCACGUUUAAAGCAGAAAUUUGCGAUAACACGAGUACAUCGAAACCACUUUUUAAGGUUAUAUUUCGAGAUGAAAAUGUCUCAGGGCAUUAUAGUAAAAGAAUAAAAGAAUUUCUAGAGGAAUUAGUAUCUUCCAAGAUUAAAAGUCAAGAAAAUGAUAAUGGUUUAACUUUAGAAAUUUGGGAUAAUGAUACUGAUUCAACAAGUCAGUCUAUUGAAAUUACCACAAAAAGUGAUGAUAGUCAGGAUAUAAUAUGCGAAACAUUGUUUACUGUAGAUACACAGCCAAAACUUAAAGAUGAUUUUGAUGUUCCAACUUAUGGGAAGAAAUACGAAAAUGUGUAUGAUAAAACAAAAUCUGAAUCAGAUCCAAAACAAAAUGAUGGUUAUGCACCAAAAUUAAUGUGUUUUAAUUGUUCGGAAAAUCAUAACUUACGAGACUGUCCACAUCCACGGAAUCAAGCUAAUAUAGAAAAAAAUCGAAAAAAUCUUAAGGGAAAUUUGAAAACUCUUAGAUAUCAUUUGGAAGAUGAUCAAAAAUUUGGUCAUAUGAUUCCUGGUCAAUUAAGUAACAAUUUGCGUAGAGCACUAGGUCUCAAAGAAAAUGAAUUACCUAAACAUAUAUACAGGUAAUUAAAACUUGGGUACCCUCCAGGAUGGUUAGAGGAAGCACGUUUACAGCAUUCUGGUUUAACACUAUUUAAUUCUGAUGGUGUUGCUGAAGGAGAUCCUAAUGAUGAACCAGGAGUAGUUUUUGAAGCAGGAGACAAGGAUCAGUAUGAUGUAAAGAAAAUAUAUGAUUUCCCUGGUUUUAAUGUACCCCCUCCACCUGGUACUCGUGAUGAAUGUGGACAGUAUUGGGUAUCAAACAUGCAGGAUGUUAAUAGCAAACAAAGAAUGUUGCUACUGUUAAACGAAAAAAAAGCAGAUGAUGGAUACAAAAGAAAAAAGCUCAAAAUUUGCAAUAGUGCAACUAAAGAUAGUGCAGCACCAGUACCUAGUGAAAUGGAAAUUGAUGAUGCAGAAGAAGGUAUGGUAGAGAGCAUACCUAUUAAUGGACUUUUUGUACCACCAUUACCACCAGAAUCUGUUGUAAGACCACCAGAGCCAUCAGAUCCACCAUUACCUGUUGUAAAACCACCAGGGCCAUCAGAUCCACCAUUACCUGUUGUAAGACCACCAGAGCCAUCAGAACCACCAGAACCAUCAUUACCACAAGAAGAACCAUCAUUACCACAACCACAGACAAUAUCUGAAGACUCACAUUCUCAAGAAUUACCAUUUUCUGAGUCACUAGAAGAUAGCGCAUCACCAUCUUCACGAGCAAAUUCUCCAUCGUUGUCGGAGUUAGAAAAUAUAAAAAAGCGAUUACUCGUAGAACUUCAAGAAUCAAACUCAAAUUCCGACGUUUCAUCAAAAAGUAAUUUGUCAAAUUCAGUACCAAAAUCUGACAUGCCACCUUUCAACACUGAAACUACACCAGAAUCAAAUCGGAUUCAACAAAAUGAAGCAAAUACAAGCUGUGGAAGUAUAAAAUCUGUUGACUUAGGCACACCUGUAUUGCAAAGUACGUCUCCGUACAGUAAGUUGCCGUCAUCUGAUAAAUUUUCAAAAAAUAUAUGUGAUAUAAUUAAUUUUGAAAAUCUGCCGGAUUCAACUGGUAAGUACAAACAAAUGACUGGAGUUUUGCGGAAAGUAAGAAAUACAAUGGCAAAACUUCAACAAGAAUGAUUAUAAGUGUUUGAUUAGAAUUCAUGAUGUCAAAAAACAUAGAUUUGGCAUACAGAAAAAU